AUGGACAGAGGUUACUCUCUGUGGGUUAUGGACCCGGGUUUCGCGAAAUUCGGCCUGGUCUGCAAAAAGGUGAUGAGUGGGGGGGUCCAAAGCAUCUGCGCAUCUUGCGACCACCCCCUGGCUGCGCACAAGGUCGAAAAGCCGUCUGAUCUGCUGAGUGGAAGUUACUUUAUGGAGUACAAAGAGAGGGAGUUACAGCUCAAGGAGCGGGAGAUGCAGUUGAAAGAAAGAGAAGUUCAGCUGAAGGAGCGCGCGGCAGACCUGGAAAACCGGGCGGCAAAGCGCCAUAAGCUCUCCCACCCGGACGCUUUUGUGUGCCCGAUAACCAAGGCGCUCAUGAGUGACCCGGUCAUGCUGGUGGAGACAGGGAAGACGUUCGAGAGAGCGGCCAUCGAAGAGUGGCUGGCAACGCACGACACGUGUCCCAUCGAACGGAGCAAGAAGCUCCAGAAGAAGGACGUCCUGCCGGUGGAGAGUCUCAGUCGGGCGAUUAAGGAGUGGCGCGGCUGA